CCAAAUUAGACUAAACGGUGUCGCUCUUCCCUUGCCUGUUGCAGAAGCCAGAAGAAAGAGGUCAAGGUGUGAGUUGGCGUGUUAUCCACUUCUCGGUCGAGCUAAAAAUUGAAGGCAGUAAUGGCAGCUUCAUUAUCGUCAACAAUCCAUCUCCAAGGAAAUGGGACAAAGCUCUCAUCUUUUCCGCCUUAUUUCAAUAUUUCUUCAAACCCAGGCAUCCCUCUCCAUUUCCUCCACAGUCGCAGUAAGCCCGUGUCUCUCAUUUCCUCUCGCAGGCCUCUCACUGUCUUCGCCAUGGCUCCUCCUAAGCCUAAGCCAUCCGGUGGAAAAGCCAAGAAAGUCACUGCCGUGGUAAAGCUGGCUCUGGAGGCAGGGAAGGCGACGCCGGCUCCACCUGUAGGACCCGCACUGGGUGCGAAAGGUGUCAACAUUAUGGCUUUUUGUAAGGAUUAUAAUGCUAGGACUGCAGAUAAAGCCGGAUAUAUCAUUCCUGUUGAAGUCACCAUCUUUGAUGACAAAAGCUUCACCUUUGUCUUGAAGACACCACCUGCUUCAGUGUUGCUACUAAAGGCAGCUGGAGCUGAAAAAGGUUCCAAGGACCCGCAGAAGGUGAGAGUGGGGAAAGUCACUAUUGAUCAGCUGAGGGCAAUUGCUCAAGAAAAGUUGCCAGACCUGAACUGUUCAAGUAUUGAGUCAGCAAUGAGGAUUAUAGCCGGCACAGCAGCUAAUAUGGGCAUCGAUGUUGAUCCUCCCAUUCUUCGACAAAAGGAGAAAGUAGCUUUGUGAAUCAUGUAGUUUCUGUUCCCUUAGAUUUUCCUUUGUGUUGCCCAUCACACAUCACAGUUUGCACUCUUCUCCCAUGUUUUUUUUUGUGUGGAUGAAAUGUAAGUAUAUAUUAACACCCAAAGAAAUAACAAGUCAAUGUUACAAGCAAAGUGCAUAUCCCG